ACCGGCGUGCUGCGAGAGGCCGGCUCGCCGGGGUUUUCGCUGGUGGUUUGGGCCGUCUGCGGGGCCUUCUCCAUCGUGGGUGCCCUCUGCUAUGCCGAGCUGGGCACCACCAUCACCAAGUCCGGCGGAGACUACGCCUACAUGCUGGAGGUGUACGGCUCCCUGCCCGCCUUCCUCAAGCUCUGGAUAGAGCUGCUCAUCAUCCGGCCCUCCUCGCAGUACAUCGUGGCUCUGGUUUUUGCCACCUACCUGCUCAAGCCCAUCUUCCCCACCUGCCCGGUGCCCGAUGAGGCUGCCAAGCUGGUGGCUUGUCUCUGUGUCCGUAAGUAUCCGCGGAUCCAGUCCUGCCACCCCACACGUGGCUUCCCGCUCGCUAUCGCCUUCCCCAAAAAGUCAGCCCAAACAGCUAGCAGCCUUGAGCCCAUCACUUUGCAGGAGAUGCAGCGUCUCUCCUGUGCUAAGCUGGCUGCUUACUGGGUUUCUGGGGUUGUUUUGAACAGCAUGAGUAGGAAAUGUGGCCCUGUCCCAAAAAAAUAA